AUGCGACUCAACGUUUCUAGAUUUCAUGAUGAAAAUGAUUUGUUGGAUGACGAUAAAUCUCCUGACAACGACAAUGAUGGAGAACUUCAUUUAGGUGAAAGAAGUUUGCUUGCGGCAAAGCAGAAACCCUUGCCACCACAGCCACUACGACCAAAACCAUCAAAACCAACUGAAGCUAAGCGAAAGACAAAAGCUGCUGUGAAACCUCCCGCAACCCCAAAGGUUGUCCCACUAAAGCCCCAGAAAUUAAAUCCUGUUCAUCUCAAACGCUCCCCCCGGCAAACGCCACCAAAACUCACGAACAUCAUUCCUCAAGUGGAGGAUGAAGAAGGCAAGAAAUGGGUCCCCACGUACGAAGACCACGACUGUGACGGAAUUCCUGAUGAUCAGGACGAUGAUAUUGACAAUGACGGUCUAAUAGACAGAACUCAAGAUUCUGAUCACGACGGAUUACUUAACCACAUCGAUGACGAUGAUGAUAAUGAUGGGAUACCAGACAAGGAGGACGAGGACGCCAACGGCGAUGGAAUCCCCGACUGCCGUGCGGACACCACAGACCACAAGCUGAUCAUGCGCUACGGCAAUAAAAGGAAGGUUCUAGACUCUGACAUGGAUGGGAUCCCCGACGAUGUGGAUCUGGAUGACGACAACAACGGCAUUCCUGACAUGCUGGAGGACAGAAAUGGCGACCAGAUUCCCGACUUCCUUGAACCCGUCAUCGACGAGUUACGAACUCUGGAUGACGUGGUGCGGUUGAACAAGAUGAUGGCGAGUGUUGGCUGGAGUGAUCGUGACUGCGAUGGCAUUCCUGAUCACCUUGACCCAGACGACGACAAUGAUGGGUAUUUCGACAAAAAGCAGGAUAGUGAUCGGGAUGGGAUUUUGAACGAGUACGAUGACGACGACGACAACGACGGGAUUCCAGACAUUGAAGAUUUGGAUGCCAACGGCGAUGGAAUUCCUGACUGUGUCAUCCAGGAUUCUGACGGUGAUGGAAUUCCAGACCAUAUCGACACGGACGACGACAACGAUGGAAUCCCCGACCUCAAAGAUCCAAACCACAAGUUCUUCAACUUCUUCCGCGACAGCGAUAAUGAUGGGAUUCCAGAUAUCCUGGAUCGGGAUGACGACAAUGACGGAAUUCCCGACCACCUCGACACGGACGGUGUUAGGGGUCUGGGCAUUGAUACUGACGGCGAUGGCUUUCCAGAUGCCAUCGACGAUGACAUGAACGAUGACGGAAUCCCCGACCACCUUCAGGACCACGACUGUGACGGCAUUCCGGACAUCUUGGACCCAGACGACGAUAAUGAUGGAUAUUUCGAUAACAAACAGGACAGCGACAAUGACGGAAUUCUCAAUGAGUGGGACGAUGAUGAUGACAACGAUGGAAUCCCUGAUUCCGAAGACGAGGAUUCCAACGGCGAUGGAAUCAUCGACUGCCAGCCGAAAGACUCCGACGGCGACGGAAUUCCUGACCACCUGGACGACGAUGACGACAAUGAUGGAAUCCCUGACCACCUAGAUCCCGACCAUAUCUCCUUCCUCAUGUACAAACCCAAGAAUCUCGAGGCCAUGUCAGGCAAGUCGGUUCAGACGGAGCCGCUAACCUGCCAGUCUUGCAAGUCGAAAACAUUAUUCUCCCCUGCAUUCUCUGUGUCCCAACAGGCACAACACGAGGCAAACACCAUGGCAGCCGACUUAGGAGACCCAGGAGACAAAGACUGCGAUGGAAUUCCGGACGAGGAGGACGAUGACAUGGACAAUGAUGGAAAAAUCGAUCGGACCCAGGACUCUGACUGGGACGGUCUGCUCAACCACAUCGAUGACGACGACGAUAACGAUGCCCCUGAAUCAGCCAUUUUCAAGCUGACGACUUUCUGGACGCUUCUAGGCAUCCCCGACGCACUGGAUCCUGACGCCAACGGUGACGGCAUUCCAGACUGCAACCGCAAUAAAUCGAUCAGCUACCACGUGGUACGCACUUACGGUGGAGCCAUCAAGAAGGUCAUCAAAGUGCGUCAACUCACUGAGGAGGAGGACGCGCUGACACGCCUGAAGGAGGCCGUCGACCACCGUCUGCACCGCAUCCGCGCGCUAAUGGAUCCGUCAGAUGUUCUGCCAACUCCGACGAAAUACGUCAAGAGCUCCCGCGCCCCCAUCCUCAGUCCGAUCGUCACGAAGAAGCCCUCGGCUGCCGCAUCGCCGAAGAAGCCCAUUCCGCCGAAGAAGGUGAAGACGGUGGCGCGGUUCGUGAAGAAGACGGUGGCGGACCCACCAAAACCCAGGGUUCCCGUCGGGCAGAUUGGAAAACGCAAGCUAGCUGGAUUGUAUUUGCGGGGAGACGGAAUGCCGGAAGGCCACGACUAUGAUCGACUCUUCCACGAAGAGGACCUAGACGUUAUGCCGGAUGUCGAGGAGGAGGAUGAUCACCUCCCCGAUGACUCUCACGAGUUGCCAUUCGAUUUUCCAACUGACUUCGAGGAAGAAGAAGGAGAAGAAGAGGAGGCUGACGAGGGAGUGGAAUUCGAGAUGGAGGAAGAUGAAGUCAGCGAGGCUGAUUUCUCGCCGUUCGAGGAGGAAGCAGAGGAUACGCCGCAGUCUCCGUCCAUGCUCGAUUUCGGAGCUUUUGGUGAAGGCGAACACGAAGACGAGUUCGCUCAGGACGAUGUGCCGCCGUUUUUCGGACGCAGGUUGCUCCAACUGGGCGCCAAGAAUUCUCCGGCGUCCGCGGAAGGCAAGCCCAAACGUGGUGUGAAGAAGGUUGCCAAGAAGCAGCCUUCGAAGGGCGAGACGAUAAGUGAUUACUUGAAGGACGACGAUGGUGACGGCAUUCCAAAUUACCUCGACAAGGACCACAAGCUCUUCAAAGCUCAGGCCGUCGCAAAGCCCGCUGCCUGCACCAAAAAGGACGGCUCGUGCAAGCAGCCCAGCGCGCUGAAACACCGACCUUCAACUCGAGAUUCGGACAGUGAUGGGAUUCCCGACUACCUGGAAGACGAUGACGGCGAUGGGAUUCCAAAUUACCUCGACGAGGACAGUCCUACCUUCUCCAGGCGUUACAACUUCUACAUGAAACUGAUCAAGAUGCUGGAUGCCGACGGUGACAAUAUUCCUGACGUGUUGGAGGUUGAUACCGAUUCGGACGGGGCUCCUGACUAUCUGACUGAUGCCGAUAAAGAUGGAAUGCUUGACUACUACGAAGACGAUGACGGUGAUGGGGUACCAAAUAUGCUGGAUCGCGAUAGCAGGCUGUUUGUGUUGAAGGGCAAGAAACUUCCAAAGCACGUUGAUCGAGAUGGUGACGGUGUUCCAGACCACUUACAGGGCGAUAAAGAUGAAGAUGGCAUUCCCGACUACCUGGAAGAUGACGACGGAGAUGGAAUUCCAGAUUUCCUGGAGGACGACGAUAACGACGGAAUUCCAAACUUCUUGGAAGACUCUGAUGGCGAUGGAAUCCCCAAUUACCUAGACGACGAGCCCAACGUACCCAAAAAAUUGAAGCCGAAGCUUCAAAUUCCCAGAGGGAAGAAGGGUGGGAGGUCACGCCACGAAAAACGCCUCACAGUGGCGGACUCAGACAAUGAUGGAAUUUCUGAUCUGAUGGAAGACGAUGACGACGAUGGGAUCCCAAAUUACCUCGAUGACUCAGAUGGUGAUGGAAUUCCGAACUACAUGGACAAGGACAGCCGCUAUUACAUGAAGGCGAAAGUUAGGAGGCUUGUUUUAACAGAUAAGGAUGGUGAUGGAAUUCCUGAUCCCUGUGAUGGUGAUAGUGAUAAUGACGGCAUCCCUGACUACAUGGAAGACGCCGAUGGUGAUGGAAUUCCUGACUGCAUCGACCUUGAAGUCUCUCACCGCCAGGAACCCAAGCGAGUCCAAAAGCUGGCUCGUUUUGUGGACAGUGAUGGCGAUGGUGUUAUGGAUCAUCUUGAAGACGAAAACAGCAAUGGCAUUCCGGAUGCCCUGGAAGGUGAUGCUAACGGCGACGGUGUCCCCGACUACUUGGAAGACGCUGAUGCUGAUGGAAUUCCCGAUUACCUCGAAGAUGCCGAUGGAGAUGGAAUUCCUGACUACUUGGAUGAAGAUCCGAGCAUAUUUACUCUAACACACUUUAAACAAGCGAAGUUGUCGGCAAAAAUUGACAAGGAUGGCGAUGGAAUCCCAGAUGCUUUGGAGGAUGAUUCCGACGGCGAUGGUAUUCCUGACUACCUCGAAGACUCGGAUGGCGACGGUAUUCCUGACUACCUCGAGGAUCAAGAUGGAGAUGGAAUUCCAAAUUACUUCGAUAAUGAUUCAAACUCGGACGCUGAUCUUCCACUCGUAAGUCAGUCCGAUGACAAUGACGACGACGACGACGCUGAUGUGAGCGAUGAGAUAUUCAAGCAGGAUACCAACAACAACGGAAUUCCUGACUACCUAGAGGACUGGGAUGGCGAUGGCAUUCCAAACUACUUGGAAGACGCGGACAACGAUGGAAUCCCUGAUUAUAUGGAUAAGAAAGACAACCGGAAAAAAGACAGGCCGUCUCGGAAAGUUGUGAGAGCCAGGAUGAUGGAGGAUGCCGAUGGCGAUGGAAUUCCAGAUGCUCUCGAAGGUGACACUGACGGUGAUGGUGUUCCUGAUUAUCUUGAAGACCAGGAUGGUGAUGGAAUUCCCGACUAUCUUGACGAUGAUGUCGAUGGCGAUGGUGUGUUAGACGACGAAGAUGAUGAUGACGGAAAUGGGAUUCCUGAUUACCUAGAAGGUGAUAGUGAUGGAGAUGGAAUUCCAGAUUACAUGGAAGACGAGGAUGGUGAUGGAAUUCCUGACUACUUAGACGAUGAUGCCGAUGGCGAUGGAAUUCCUGAUCAUUUGGAGGGAGACAGCGACGGCGAUGGCAUACCAGACUAUCAGGAAGAUUCAGAUGGCGAUGGUAUUCCAGAUUACCUCGAUGAUGACGAUGAUAAUGAUGGAAUCCCCGAUAACUUUGAUGCCGAUAUGGAUGGCAAUGGAAUUCCAGACUACCUUGAAAAGGACUCCGACGGUGACGGAAUUCCUGACUAUCAGGAAGACCAGGAUGGUGACGGUAUUCCUGAUUACAUGGACGACGACGUAGACGGUAAUGGUAUCCCAGACCAUCUGGAAGGCGAUUCCGAUGGUGACGGCGUUCCAGAUUACAUGGAAGAUGCCGACGGUGAUGGAAUUCCUGACUACUUGGACGGUGAUGACGACAAUGAUGGCGUGCCUGAUGCCGAAGACAACGACGAUGACGGCGACGGUAUUCCUGACGACCAGGAGGAUACCGAUGGGGACGGGAUCCCUGAUUACUUGGACACAGAUGAUGAUAAUGAUGGCAUUCCGGAUGUUGUUGACACCGACGAUAAUGGCAAUGGAAUACCGGACUAUCUUGAGGUUGAUUCCGAUGGUGACGGAAUUCCCGACUACAAGGAAGAUGCUGACGGCGAUGGAAUCCCAGACUACCUAGACGAUGAUGAUGACAAUGAUGGCAUUCCUGAUCAUCUUGAUGAUGACGACGACGGUGACGGCAUUCCUGACGAUCUCGAAGGUGAUUCUGACGGUGAUGGAAUCCCCGACUACCUGGAGGACGCGGAUGGAGAUGGAGUCCCGGAUUACUUGGACGAAGAUUCCCCGGCAUUUCGGGGCAAACAGGCGCCUCCUCGGCCUGAGGCCGUGAAGCCUUCAAAGAAACCUGUUCCCGUGUCUAAAAAGGUGGUUGACAAAAACAAAAACGGUCGUCCAGACCACUUGGAGAUGAAGGAUACGGAUAAGGAUGGCAUCAUCGAUCUCUACGAUGAAGACGACGACAACGACGGAAUUCCAGACGCUGAAGAUGAUGAUGAUGACAAUGACGGGGUGCCGGAUAUCUACGAAGACGAGGACGGGAACCAGAUGUUGGAUUACCUGGAAGGAAAAGACACCGACGAAGACGGAGUGCCGGACUACCUCGACGACGAUGACGACAACGACGGAAUUCCCGACAGCGAGGAUGAUGACGAUGAUAACGAUGGUAUUCCAGACGAAGAGGAGGACGAAAACAUGAAUCGUGUGCCCGACAUCGAAGAAAUGAAGGAUUCUGACGGCGACGAUGACGACAACGAUGGAAUUCCCGACUACCUCGACGACGACGAUGAUGGAGAUGGCAUACCGGAUGACAAGGAGGACUCCGAUGGUGACGGGAUUCCGGAUUACAAGGAGAAAACGCGACCUCCUCGUAAAAUCCCCUCCCCUCCUCCAAUAACCGCCAAAAUGCCCAAGGUGGCACCGAAAUUAACACCCGUCACUCCCGUCUUAAAGAAACCACCUCCUGCGCCACCCAGACAGCCAACCAAGAAGUCCUCUAAGACUCCGCCUCCUGCGCCUCUUCCUUCAACCCCUGCUCCUCUGAAACUCAAGCAACCAGCGGCGCCGCCUGAAUCGGCUAGGAAACCGGCCCCUUCACCGGCCAAGCCUCCAGGAUCGAAGCCUCCCGUGACAAAAAUUGAACGUGCCAAGGUGGUCCAUUCGCGAGGCAAGGCAGACAGGAAGUCAGUCGGUGCCCUGAGUAAACUUUACGUAUUUACUUCGAUCAGAGCGCAUGUCGACAUAACCCUGGCCCCAAUGCCGACAGGUAUCACCUACUUACCCCGCAUUGGUUCGUCGGCAGUGUUCGGGCACUUUAACCCUGGAUGGUCUCUUUCAGAGAAGUUGGGCGAAAAGAAGCGGCCGACCUUCGAUGACGUCGACAUUGACGAGGUCAAAUCGGUCUUUGGAAAGGCUCCGAAGCCUCAGGCAAAGAAACCCGCAUACUCCGACGAAGAUGAUGAACCGGCCAAGCCCUCGGCAUUUCGACAAUUCGUCCAGAGCGCGCUUCGACGCAUGGAAGCCAUUUUCGGUGUAGACGAGUAG